UGAUUUGAUUGGAUUCGAUUUCUUAUUCACUUUCACGCCUCCUGCAGCAUUCAGCAGUUACUCUUCAAACCCCAAAGGAUGAGCCUCCGCGACCCGCAGCGCCGGGCCUUCUCCGAUGCCGAUCUGGCCUCCUCCGCCUCCGUCGACGAGGAUGAAGACGAGAACGAACGGAGCUACGUCAGUAACGGGAGCGACGCGUCGCCCGGGCCGCCUCCCAGGCCCUCCCUGAAUGAGGCGAGACACUGGAGAGACCUCUUCUGGCUCGUCAUCUUCGUUAUUCACCUUCUGGCCUUCGGCGCUGGUUUGGCCCUCCUCGGAAUCAAUCACUUCAGCCGGCCUGAUCGAUUUAACAUCGAUCGCUUCACCAAUAUCACUGGCGGUGGAAACUCCAGUCAGGAUGCGCUCCUCCAGCAGCAGCAGCAGAGCGCGCGGGUUGAUCUCACGGAGACGUACUGGCCGUUCUACGGGGUGGCAGGCGGAGCGGGUGCGCUCUUGGCGUGGUCGUGGCUAUCGCUGCUGGGUACCCAUGGGAGCCAGAUGAUGAAGGUGUCUAUCCACGGGCUUACCACCUAUCUGGCUGUGGUCAGCGUUUUGUGCUUUUGGGUCAAGCACUUCUUUUGGGGCGUGGCCUUCGCUGUGGGCGCUGGACUACAGUUCCUGUAUGUCAUGUCGGUGUUGGAGAGGUUUCCUUUCACAAUGCUAGUGCUGCAAAAGGCUGUGAAGAUGCUCUGGAACCUUCCUGAAGUUAUGCGAGUAGCCUAUGCUUUUGUUGCAAUUAUGCUUUGUUGGAUGGGGUUGUGGUCAUUUGGUGUAUCUGGGGUUAUUGCAUCAAACAUGGAUGACAGUGCACGCUGGUGGCUCCUUGUGAUUUUUGCUGUCAGCUUAUUUUGGAUUGGUGCUGUAUUUUGCAAUACAGUCCAUGUGAUAGUAUCUGGCAUGGUGUUCCUUGUUCUCAUUAAUGGUAGUCGAAGUGCACCAUCAAUGCCUCUAAAUCCAGUUUUGAAGUCAUUACGUUAUGCAGUGACAACUUCUUUUGGUAGCAUUUGUUAUGGAUCACUUUUUACAGCAGCCAUCCGAGCAAUGCGGUGGGAGAUCCGAGGAGUUCGAUCAAAGAUUGGAAGUAAUGAGUGCCUUCUCUGCUGUGUUGAUUUCUUAUUUCACCUUGUGGAGACUCUAGUUCGUUUCUUCAACAAAUAUGCCUAUGUUGAGAUAGCAGUUAAUGGUAAAGGCUUCAACAGCUCAGCUAGAGAUGCCUGGGAGUUAUUCCAAUCCACCGGCAUUGAAGCACUUGUUGCCUAUGAUUGUUCAGGUGCAGUUCUUCUGAUGAGCAUUAUUUUGGGCGGGAUGAUUACUGGAACAUGUACAGGGGUGUGGACAUGGUUUAAAAGGAGUGAUAAAGUAAUUAUGGUUGGCUCAACUGCUAUUUUGAUGGGAAUGAUUUUGGUGGGACUGGCUGUAGUAGUUGUUGAAAGUGCAGUUACGUCAAUAUAUGUAUGUUUUGCAGAAGAUCCUUCGUUGAUUCAGCGAUGGGACGCUGAAUUCUUUGACCAAAUGUCGGAGGCAUUGCACCAACGGUUACAGUACAGGAGUGCAAGAGCUAGAGAAGUUAUGAAUCGCCAACAUGAUCAACUGGCGGAUUCACCCAUUUGAAGUUGCUCGGUAGAUCAAACAAUGCAAACAGUUGCAAUUGUAACCUUUUUUUUUUAAAAUUCAAAGAAAAUGCUUUUCUUUUCCUCACCUCCUGUCAAAUACAAUUCUUGCUGUUCGAGGAACACCAGCAUCACAUGUCAGAUUCUUUUUAAUUUGCAUUUCUUGUAAUUAUCUCA